CUCCCAGAAUCCUUAUUCUGUCACAAGUUAAGUUGAAGACCUAAAUUCAACACCCUCACAUUUCCAUUAUUGAUGUGAUGCUACCUACCUGACAUCCUGACAUCCUAACAAAAUAAUCCUAAUUGAUCCUAACCAACCACUGAUAUGUUAUAGGUUAUAUCUUUAUUUUUUCAUGAAAAGAAGGAUGAACUAAUAAGGUCACAUACACCCGUUAAGAAUGGAACCAAGAAGGUUCCAUUGGUUCCCACAUGGUUCCCACUGUUUAUUACCAUGGAAACACUGACAUUUCACAGCGUCUUACAAUCGACAAGGUGAUAAACAAGAUUUACCUACGAAAGAAAGUAAUAAAAUAAUAAUAAAUCCAGACACAGUAUAUUGCACACCAUGUUAAAACUUCUGACUUUACCCGAACUCGAUACUAAGAGCGUCCUAAAUGUUGUGGAAGAUAAUUUCCGUAAGCUUGGCUUGAAAGCCUACGCCAUACGUAUGAUAUACAUUGGCGAACAUACACUGCCGAAAGAGGAAAUUAUUCAACAUUUCUCGAGGACCAUUGAACUUGUGAACUCUACUUACUGUGAGAUCAAUGUCUACGGAUUUCUACUCGUGUACGACAGUUAUUUUGUUCAUAUACUUGAGGGUUCUGAAGACACAAUUCACAGGCACUUAAGAUUUUUAUUCAGACGAGAGGCUAAUUGGAAAGCCAAAAAGUCGAAUUUGGACCAACCUCUGAAUAUUGAAAGUGAAACUGAAGGCUUGAAUGUCCUAAUGGCGGAGAAUACGCAGACAGAAGACGAGCCGGAGAGGAUAAUGUUUAGACGUUUGAAAGUAGUUAUGAUAUACCACUCCAUCCGCACGUUGCAAUUCACCAGCUGGCGUGCAGUGACAGCAAGGCCGCCAUCACUUAUAGGCAAAUUGGAUUUGUUUGGAACCCUGCAAGAACAUUUGGAGCAACUACGCAUCUUCCUAAACAAGAUCACUAAAAUAUGUGCCUUCGUUAAAGCUGACGAAAAAUUAUCCUUCGAUGGAUUAAAGGUAACAGACCCUAAGAUGGAAGCUCUGCCCGAAGUUGCUCUGAUCGACUUCUUGUUGCAAUCUCCUCACAUUCUACCACUCCGUGAAACUGCGGCUUUGCAUCGUCGUGUCGAUGAUUUCAAAUUCUAUUUUGAGGAGGUUUGGCCUUUACCAACUCAGUUCACGCCUCGGUUCCUUUACAAGUUGAAGAUAGAUGACUCGUUCGUGGAACCUCUCCCUGUAAUGCCUUGGGAAGUGGUGAAGAAAGAAGAAGAUGAAGAUAAGGAUGAACGGGAGGAACAUACCGAUGGCUCGUCCUCUGAUUAAAUUAUUAUCAACACUAUUUAUU